CAGGGUCCAAAGAUCGAGCCCCACAUCUGGCUCUCUGAUCAGCAGGGAGUCUGCUUCCCUUCCUCCCUCUCUGCCUACUUGUGACCUCUGUUUGUGACCUCUGUCUGUCAAAUAAAUAAAGAAAAUCUUAAAAAAAAAAACAAAACAAAACAAAAACUACUGUUCUAAAUUCCAAUCCUAAAAUGUCCGGCGCAAAAUUUAGAGUUCCAUUAGGAAGCUUGCUGGAGAUCUGUUCAGUGCCCAUUCAGGCUCUCCUGUCACCUAAGAGAGUUUCCUGAAUCAAAUUCGUGACGUGCUUUGUAACUGCCUCGGCUAGAGGAGAGCUGGGCGCGGGGCCGGCACCCGACACCUGUUCCGGGCGCGGCCGUGGCGGCGGGAAGAGAGCGCGCGGCGAAGGGCGCGUGUAGGCGAACGCGCACGCACACGCGCGCCCGGCCGCCCUGGGACCAGGAGGGAGAGCGUUUCCAGGCGACGCGGACGUGGGGAGGGGGUUGCCACGUUCUCACAGGCGGCCUGGGUUACAUAAGCGAGCGUGGCGAGGAGGGCGCUCGGAUUGCGCGGGGACUCGGGCUGUGUCUGCCCUGCCCCCGCCCGGGUGGGGUCGUGGCCCUGCGGGACUGGCCUCCCACGCCGCGCGGGGGACACCGCCCCAGCCUUGUGCCCGCCUCCGCCAGUGGUAGCCGCGGCCGCGAGCGGCCGCCCCCAGACGCGCGUGGCUUUCUGCGAAGGCGGCGGCCGCGGUCCCGCCGCCCGGCCCCAGGCAGCGGAGCAUCCUCUCGCCUAGGCUUCUUCCGUCCGGGCCUACAGCGCCGCAGCCUCGCAGCUAUGAGUCCCGAACCGGUCCCGCCGCCGCCGCCCCCGCCGCAGUGCCCCGGCUGCGACUGCGGGGAGCCGUUCGCCAAGCGCUUGGAGAAGGGCGACGAGGCCUUCCGCGCCGGAGAGUAUGAAAUGGCAGCGGAGCUCUUUCGCUCGAUGCUGGCCGGGCUGGCGCAGCCCGACCGCGGCCUGUGCCUGCGGCUGGGGGACGCGCUGGCUCGCGCGCGCCGUUUACCCGAGGCCCUGGGUGCGUUCCGUGGCGCCGCGCGGCUCGGGGCGCUGCGGCCCGAGGAGCUAGGGGAGCUGGUGGGCAGCCUCGCAUGCGCCCUGGGCCGGCGCGAGUGGCGGCUGCAGGAUGGGAGGCCGGGCCGCGCCCCCGAGGAGCCUCGUGAGGAGCAGCCGGCCUCUGCGCCCGUCGCGCCCCGUGACCUGCUGGGCUGUCCGCGCUGCCAGCGGCUGCUCCAUAAGCCGGUGACCCUACCGUGCGGGCUAACGGUGUGCAAGCGCUGCGUGGAGUCGGGGGCGGCCCGGCCGCAGGCCCGGCGAGUCAACGUGGUGCUGAAUGGCCUGCUGGAGAAGUGCUUCCCGGCCGAGUGUCGCGUGCGCAGGCUGGCGGGCCAGGCGCGGACUCUGCAGCGCCAGCAGCAGCCCGAGGCCGCGCUGCUCAGGAGCGACCAGGCUCUGGAUCUGGCUCCUAGAGAUAAUUCGUUAUUGCUGCUGCGAGCAGAGUUAUAUUUAACCAUGAAGAACUACGAGCAGGCUCUCCAGGAUGCCAAUGCAGUUUGUCAGAAUGAACCUCUCUUAACUAAGGGACAUCAUAUGAAGGCUCAGGCUCUUUCUGGAUUGGGAAGAAGUAAGGAAGCAUUAAAGGAGUUUCUCUACUGCCUUGCUUUAAAUCCUGAAUGUAACUCAGUGAAGAAAGAAGCACAGAAGGUAAUGUGUGAGGUAUUUUUUCCAGCUUCAGAAAACACGCAUCAGAAUUUGACAUCUUCCAUCCAAAGCAGAAUAUUGAACAGCAGGCUAAAAGCUCAGUGUGCCAGCCAUGUAAACACCCAGCCUCUGGAAGAAGGCAGCGGUGCUGGGGGUUCUAAGAAUGCAUCUGAGAAAUCUGAUGUGUUUAGAAAUACCAAUUCUUCAGUUUUGUAUUUUAUACUGGGUCUGCACUUUGAAGAGGAUAAAGAAGUGUUAGAGAGCAUCCUUCCAGUAGCACCCAGCACCGGUUUAAAGAGACAGUUUCCAGAUGAUUUGGAGGACAUGCAUGAGCUGAAUGGCCCUGGGAAAGUACCCAAGAAAGAGGCUGAUUCCUCACCUCAAAGGAACAUGACCUCUAACGUAGGAGAAAGUCCAGAGCUCUCCAUAGAUGUAACUGACUUUGAGUGUGCCCUCUGCAUGAGGUUGCUUUUUGAGCCUGUUACUACACCAUGUGGACAUAUGUUUUGCCUGAAAUGCCUUGAGCGCUGCCUUGACCACGCCCCACACUGUCCACUGUGUAAAGAAAAACUCUCAGAAUUGUUGGCAAGCAGAAACUUUAAUAUAACUAUUCUGGCUGAAGAAUUAAUAUUUCAAUACUUAUCUGAUGAACUCUCUGAUAGGAAGAGAAUUUAUGAUGAAGAAAUGACAGAACUAUCAAAUCUGACGAGAGAUGUCCCCAUCUUUGUGUGUGCCAUGGCCUUCCCCACCGUCCCGUGUCCACUUCAUGUCUUUGAGCCCCGCUAUCGGCUUAUGAUAAGAAGAUGCAUGGAAACUGGCACCAAACGGUUUGGCAUGUGUCUGUCUGCUGAGCACGCAGGAAUUUCGGAGUACGGCUGCAUGCUGGAGAUUAAGGAUGUCAGAACAUUUCCUGAUGGGAGUUCAGUUGUGGAUGCCAUUGGGAUUAGUCGGUUCAAAGUUCUAAGCCAUCGUCACAGAGAUGGCUAUAACACAGCUGACAUCGAGUAUCUCGAAGAUGAAAAGGUGGAAGGUCCAGCCUAUGAAGAACUUACCAGCCUUCAUGAUUCAGUUUAUCAACAGUCGGUUUCCUGGUUUACUUCACUUCAGGAUCACAUGAAAGAACAAAUUUUAAGCCAUUUUGGGUUAAUGCCAGACAGGGAAGCUGAGCCUCAGAGUAACCCUAGCGGUCCCGCGUGGUCCUGGUGGAUCCUGGCAGUGUUGCCGCUGGAACGCAAGGCUCAGCUGGCUAUUCUUGGCAUGAUCUCCCUGAAAGAGCGUCUCCUCGCCAUUCGGCGCAUAUUAGUCAUCAUCACGCGUAAGAUGAACAGUCGGCAGGAGCUGGUUAAUAGCAGGGAGAGAAAUAAUUGAUUAUCUCUCUCUGUCAAGGUUUCUGGAAGCACUUGUACUUUUGUGAGGAGCCGCUAGGCAUGGAGAGUAGUGUCGCAUUCAUCAUGCUCUGUAAAAUGCUUGUUGAUAGGGUUACAAAAUGGAACACUUAACAAACACUGACUCCUUCUCAAAUCUUAAAAGUCUGUGCCUCGUGGAACCUGACUCUGUGCAAGGUUAGCCUGAAGUUUGAAUGGAGCUCAUGAUUGGAAAAGAACCUAAGAGAAUCUCUCUGAAGCAUUCGCUCAGGGUAUCGUUCGCCGACAGCAGGGAACACCACAGGUGGUUGGCAAGUGGUUUAGGUUUUGCAAGAAAAAAAGGACCCCCUCCCUGGUACAGUGUCUUGCUGCACCAAAUGAAAACAGCAUACUUUGGUGGCUAGACAGGAUAGGGGAAACCACAUUUUUAUCUGGAAGCAUAUUUCUCAGAGCACAGGCUAACUGAAAAUCCGCUUAGGCUUUGUGUGUCGUUGUGAAGUUGUCUGUGAAGUUGAGGAAUCAAACUGUGGUCCUGUGCAGGAGCCCAGAUUAGUCGUCACCCAAGAAGUAGUGGCUGCCAGAUAGAACUGCAUUUUGUGUCCUGCGGUAGUUCAGAUGCUGUGCAUUGCAUGUUGUAAUCAAACGAACGUCAGAAUACACAAAGGUGUAGAGAAAAAUCUGAGAACCAGUGUAGUUGAACUGAAGAUAUAUAUCCCUACACACUCAAGAAAGAGUGAGCAAAAGUUAGCUAAAACUGUAUGUGCAUUGGGGUGUCAAACAUUCAGCCAAACUAGCACAAAAAAAUUCCUUGAAAGCAUAACCCUGUCUCAUUAAUUUGGUGGGUACUAAGCAUUUAGGAAAUUGCCCUCUUGCUACUAGGAUUUGCAUUGGAAAUUAGGCCCAUCAGUCAUUUGAGUUCACCAUCCAUCCACUCAUAUACGAAGAUGUGAAAACCUGCUAUGGAAUGGGCAUCUAUUCCAGGAAAACACACCAGGACAAUAUGCAAGAGGCGGGAAGUAGGAAUAGGAUGUAAAGAUUCAGCAAAUUUUUCCUCCAUCCUCAACCUAAAACUUGUCUUUGUGUCUUUUAAAAAGAAGUUUUAGAAGUGAUCAGACCUGGUGUUAUCUAUUAAAGAACAAUAUAUGACAACUUUAACCUCUGAUGCAAGUUGGUAGUAUUAAUUGGGAUAAACAUUUGAACCUGAAAUACUGAAUAGUUCUCACUGGCCUCACCAGCUUGUGCAUUGAGUUAGCUUCUUGGUGUAUGAUAUGGAUAUUCUUAAUGGAAAGACGAUAAGAACCAGACCAGGGAAUAAAUCACAGCUGUAAGUUUUGCUUUAUUCGUUCAAGGUGUAUGAUAUUUGAGUUUUAACAAAUAUAUUUCACAGUGUCAAAAGUUGGCUGUUUAUCAGUCCACCAAGCAUUUUAUUAUGAUCGUGUUUCACUGUAAUCAUUGGAGUUUUCAGUAGCUAAAGGUCAGUUUCAUUAUGGGAGUGAGAAAAUAUUAUUCUUAUAUAACUUAAUCACAAAGAGAAAAUGUGAAAGUACUUCCAAUCAGAUGUUUCUAGUGCCUCACUUGCUGCAAAUCUCAAAUCUCAUCUUGAAUAUGUUUUAAAGGCAAUUUGACCAAGUGAUUUCUAAAAUAUUUUAUUGAUUUAUGUGUUCAAUAAUAUUCAACCUUCUUAGGCAUUGUAUCUUAGCCUGAUCAUCUAAAAGAAAGCAGAACUGUGUCUAGUAUGCCAGAGGACCUUUCUUGGGAAUGGUUCACGAAAAUAGGUAUGCACUGACCAUUCUCUUUCUUUUUCUUCUGAAGAAUCUUUCCUACCUUAAAACAUAUCAUUGCUGUUUCCAGUGAGAGUGUGUAAAAUAACCACCAUGUGAUCAGUUUCCCCAGGAGCCUUCCUGAAGUUAAGUCUCUGCGCUCAAAGUACCAGUGCUUGUCUUGUAUGCAUCAGAUGCUGUUGCUUUCUCAACCUUACUCUGGAGAUGUCAUCACUGGCCCAGGUCUCUGACCAGAACCACUAACUUAUCUCUUCCUGAUUCUGUCUGCCUCUUUCUGAGUUGUCAGCUUGUUCUGAGUGUUCUUGUGUAAAAGCCUGUUUGGCAGUAAUGAUGUAGAUAGAACAACAAAAGUUUCUGUUGUCUUUGUAUUUUGACACCCAAGGGAAUGGACUGUGACUGCUUCAUGCUCUGUCCAGUGUCUCACCUCUGCUUAGAGCAGAGCAGCUGAUGGACACUUCCUGAGCACUUAGAUGGUUUCCUUUUUUUUUUUUUUUGAAGAUUUUAUUUAUUUAUUAGAGAGCAUACGCUCAAAAGCGCCCAAGUCGGGGGAUGGGGAAGGUUCAGGGAAGGAGAGGGAGAAGCAGGCUCCCCGCUGAGCAGGGAGCUUGACAUGGGACUCAAUCCCAGGACCCCAGUCAUCACAUGAACCGAAGGCAGACACUUAACGAUUGAGGCACCUGGGUGCCCCUUAGAUGACAUUCUUAAUCAGGAAGGUGGGCCAGGGAAAUAAUAUCUCAAGUCGUAUUAUAAAGGAAGCUAACUUUUACAAACUUUAGGAAACGUAAACUCCAGUUUGCUACAGAUUUGCUACAAAUUUAGCUAAAGCAGUAGAACAGAUCCCCCUACGGCCCCCACAGCUCUUUUCUAUCGUGAAGAUGUCAUUUCCAAUAUUUCUCAGAAAAUAAGAUCUCAUUCAGCAUCAGAACAUUCAAGUUUAAUUUUACUGAAAAUGUUCCAACACUAAUGGUCUAGUUACAUCAGAAUAAAAACAGAAUCUACUUAGAGAGUAAUAAUAACAGUGUGGGGGAGUAAUUUUUCGUCCUUAAGUAUAUUACUUGAAGUACAUUCUGUACACUCUGUUAGGUGUUUUUCCAUUUCACUCUCCUUAGUGGCUUGACUCAUAAUUCCAUCCCUGCCUGUGUCUCUGGAAUACAACUGAUACUCUGACCAGCAGUAUUUUGAAAGCUCAUGAGAUUUUUAGGGUAUCACAUUCCCUAUGUGUCUUCAUCUUCAAAAUUGAAAGUUAGAAAACAUUUUUUUAAAAAAAUUUUAAGAUUUAUCCAUGCAACCACGUACGUAAGUGGUUCAUAACAAAUUUAUGUGCCAACUUUUGGAGUGCUGUCCUGUUUUUAUAACCACAAAGGUGUCCUUUCUUCUCUUAAACAUCACCCCUCUUACCUCCCAAACCAAAAAGCACCAAAACUGUUUCAUAAGUUGUAUCUCAAUUAUUAACAUAUAUCAAGUCUUACUAUAGGACUUUUGAAUCAUCAAGGAACAAAAUUAUAGAUGGUAGCAUUACCAUGAACUACGAUAGUAUCACUUUGUCCUAAAAUUAUUUGAAAAUUGGUAGUUGUUGUAAUCAAAAUAGUCUGUUCCCUGGACUAACUGUAUUACAUAGAAGUCAU